UCUCCUUGUUGCCUGGGUUUAGAUGGCUCCCGCAAAGAAGGGUGGCGAGAAGAAGAAGGGCCGUUCUGCCAUCAACGAGGUGGUUACCAGAGAAUACACGAUCAACAUUCACAAGCGCAUCCAUGGAAUUGGCUUCAAGAAGCGUGCCCCUAGAGCACUCAAAGAGAUCCGGAAAUUUGCAAUGAAGGAAAUGGGCACUCCAGAUGUGCGCAUCGACACCAGGCUCAACAAAGCUGUCUGGGCUAAGGGAAUAAGGAAUGUCCCCUAUCGUAUCCGUGUACGGUUGUCCAGGAAACGUAAUGAGGAUGAAGAUUCGCCAAACAAGCUGUAUACAUUGGUUACCUAUGUACCUGUCACAACUUUCAAAAAUCUACAGACAGUCAAUGUGGAUGAAAACUAAUCACUGAUUAGCAAAUAAAGUUACAGGGCCUCAGUGGUGGCACAGCGGGUUGAGCAUGAUACGCCUGUGUAUUUCUGCCUGUUCUGUUUCCCCACUCUGUCUCUGGUAAAUCCUCUGGCCUAUACCCCAAUUAUAUAAAAAAUUUAUUCAUGCAAAGUGACAGAAUUGCCUUUGUACUUAUUCCUUUUCUAGUUGCGGUGUAAUGUUCUAUGCAUCUUAGAGCAGUUUCUAAUUAUAGAAACUUUUGGGUGACUUCCUAAAUAUUUAGGCCUGUUUCCCCUUCUCCCCAGCCCCUGGUAUUUCUGAAUAUUUGCACAGGCCUAGCCUUUUUAAGUACCACUAUUUAGGUAAUUGAAACAUUAGAGCUAUGUUACUGUUCUGUGCAUGUUUUGUGUAUUUCUAAGAGAAACAUUUCUCCAGGGGUUGGCAUUAGAUGUUGGCUGCUGUUUACCACUUUGCAUGUUUUUAAUACUGAAAGGAUGCAAUUGGUAGCAUCUUCUAAAAUAACUGAUCUUUGGUGAGGUACCAAAUGUUACAUGUACAGUUCUUAUUUUAGCUCAUGUAUUUAUAUUACAUAGAGCUAAAACUAGGUAAGAUUUAAGGCUACAGUAACAAAGUCAGCCUGAAAACAAGCUAUUGCAGAUACUGUUUCAUGAUUUUAACACACCCCCACCCUCAGACAAAUGCUGUCAUAAGGACUUCCCUUUUUUGAAGCCCUGUGGCUGAUAACAUUGCAUAGCCAUGGUGAGGUUGAGAGCCUGCAAUAUAUUGCACUCCAGACUGAAGUAAAUAUAAGGUACAAGCAAAGGACCAAGUCAAUACAAAAGUUUCUUAUUAAAAACUUGGAGGCCAACAUUGAAAGCAAGGUUUGUACACAUAUUUGGAAGGACACAAAAUGAAUGAAUACAACCAAAUAUAUUAAAAUGGUUUCAAUUACCAGCAUUGAAACAAAAUUAGUGCAAAAAAAUCCAAAUACAAUUGCACAGACAGUGGCGCUCAGAUUUUGAAAGUGAACUUGAUUCUUAACCUCUCCCGUUACUCCAAGUGAAAAAUAAGCUUUGGCUCUUCCCUGGAUUAGAAUCACAAAAGUGCCCAUUUCAAUAAAUCUGAUCAAAGUGAAAAUGCAAGUCACAGCUUUUAGGAGAACUGAUGGAUACAUUUUAGUACAGAUAAUAUCCAAUUGAACUCUCAGAAUAAAUAGAAAUGUUGAGGGUUACAUCAGUUCUCCCUGCCACUAUUGUGGCUUGUCAGGUUGCUUGUCUGGACACCCAUCCUGUAAACUCAAACUGAGUCUGGAUUUAUGGGCAGACAACGCACAAAACUGGUCCUUGCUUUGGUAUGGCAGAGUCCACAGCACCACUCUUCUCACAGGUUAUUCAUCUUGAGUUCAGGCUGUGAUUGGUGGCUCAUUUCAGAAGUUUUGAGACUGUACUGAUUGAUCUUGGCAUUUUCAAGUUUGGAUCUAAUGUCCAGUGGCUUUUCAAAAAAGUUUACUAAUGACUGUUCAGUGAGAAGUGAUGCUAAAAUAUGUUCAAGGGAGACAGUCCAGUCCCCUUCUGCCUCUUGAGGAAAUACCUGGGAGUCCUGGGGAAUCUUCCCGGGGUCUGUGUCAGCGAAAACCAAGUCCUCAGGAGAAGAAGCUGAAGCCUGCAGCACCUCUCCACAUUCCUGGGAGCAGCUUCCUGAGCUGCUACUUCGCUGGCCUACUUCCCCAAUCUGCAGCAGCAGGGUGGUUACUGUGGCAAUGGCUUGAUACAAACUGUUUUCUUCUGGAUCUUCAUGGAACAUGCUGUACAAAGUUUUACAGAACUGGAUAAAUUCUCUCUAGAAUUAAAAAAAGAAAAAAAUGUAUAUAAUAGUGUAACAAGAUGGAAACAGUAGUCAUUCCUUCAUUUCCACAGGAGAUUGGUUCCAGGACUCCCACAGAUAGCAAAAUCCACAUGUGCUCAACUCACAAAAUGAAAUAUUUGCAUAUAACCUACAUGCAUUAUCCUAUCCUGUAUACUGGGUUGUUGAAAAAGAGUCUUGAAAUUUUUUUUUUUCAAGCAUCAUGACUAUUCCUGACAACCCAAAACUAUAAAACAUCCCUGGAUGUAAUGUAUCGCAUAUUUAUAUUUCAAAAAGCAUUGAGUAUCUGAAAUAUCCAAAUGAAACAAUUUAAAUAUUCCCCAAUUAAUCACAACAGUGUUUCACUCCCAGAAGUUAAGUUCUUUGAUUUUGGCAUUGGUGACAAAGGGGCCCAAGCUUACCUCUGAACAAAUCAUUUAACAAAAUAGUUUCAUUUUCUGCACAGAAUAAAGUCCAUACCUGGCUCAUUUUGGGCAACUCUUUCUCGGUUUUAUCUUUUUCUUUGGCCAAAUCCUUAAUCAUCUGCUUCAGCUGUUUCUGAUAAUCAGUUGCAUCACCUUGAGACAAAAAACAGUAAGUAAAUUCAAAGAAAGGGAAAUAUGUAGAAGGGAGUAAUGAAUUUCAUUAAGCAAAUUCCAUGUACAAACUUAGAAGCAGAGAUUACAUUGGAAAUUUUUACCACUGAUUCACAGAAAUAGAAUGGUAGGUAGCUAGAAGAGGACCUCAGAUAGUAAGCAGUAGGGUCAAAAUGCAGUCUUCCUGCAACUUGGAAAGUGCCUGGCCUCUAAAAGCAAUGUACUGGGUAUUAAUUACAGGAGGGAGGGAAUAGACAAGUCUCCCUUUAAGAUGAUCAGUGAAUCACUCCAACCAGUUUCAGUGGCGUGCUUGGGGUGAAGAUAAUGUAAAGUACAUGCCAUUUGACUUCCCAAAAACCAGAGGUCUUGAUGUUGACAACAGAGGAUUCUUCAGUGGUGACUGGCUGUCUCGGUCAUUUUCAGUGAGUGCUAUUAAGAAGAAAAUGUUUUAACAUUAAUAAAUUGCAUCUUAGCCAAAACUAACAGAUUAAUUUAGCUUUUUUUGGUAAAACAGAGAAGGCUAAGCCAGCAGCCCCAACCUGUGGGCUGCAAUCCUUGCACAAUCCAUGAAUCCAAGGUGUAUACCAAGCACUGUCUGUCUGGAUACACAAUGAAGGAAAUACUUCACUUGAAUAUGUAUAGAUACUGUUGUAACUAAUAACAUGCAAGUUCACAUCAGCUGAUACUGAUCUGGAAAAUGCUUAUACUAAAACCCCCAUUUUGUAAAAACUCAUGUAUAAGCAUAUGUAAGGAACUCUAGAAAUAAACAUCUAGAUGGCAGAAUAAUUUUCAUGAUAUUCUAUAUAAUGAACACACUAUACAUAAUUUUUAGCAAAAAUUAUAAAAAAAAUUACUGAACUCAAGUAGCACUUAGAGAUUUCUUUUGAAAUAGACUAAAAUACAAUUGUAUCCAGACCCUCAAAUUCCUAAUAGGAAUGUAGAAUGAUUCAGCUACCUUGGAAAACAGUCCGGCAGUUCUUUAAAAAGUUGAAACUGUUCACAGUGCCUAAAGCCUCAUUCGUAAAAGCCAAAAAGUGGAAACCUAAAUGUAAGUUUUGAUGAAUGGAUAAACAGAGUAUAGCAUCCCAACCAAAUGGAGUAAUAUUUAGCCAUAAAGAGGACUGACAUGUUACCUUAGGGAUGAAUCUUGAAAACAUUGUUCUAAGUGCAAACAACCAGACACAUAACACAAUACUCUAUUUAUAUGAAAUAUCCAGAAUAGACAAAUCUGUAAAGACAGCAGGGGAAUGGAUGAGUUGCAACAGCUAUCAAUUACAGGCUUUGUUUUGGGGGGUGAUGAAAAUGUUCUAAAGUUGACAGUGAUGAUGGUUACAUAACAAUAUUAAAUGGAUGAAUUGUAGAGUAUGAAUUAAACAGUCUAUUAUAAAAAAUAAAAAGGAUCCUUCCUCUGCAAUUUUAAUUAAGUACUGAAACUAGUAGGCCUAGAGAGUAAUAAAACUGAAGAGAAAUGUCAAGAUUUAUUUGUGAGCCACAAAUAUCCACAAGAUGGCACCAAAGCUUUAAUAACAACCCUCCUUCCUACUUUGUGAGGUAGGCUGGGUUUUGGAGGAGGGUCUAGGGAGAGGGGGGUUUGUUUUUUUUCCUUUUUUCUGUAACUUACUGAGUCAUUUUUUUCCCCAGCUUUGCUCAAAAUAAGUUCGAGGCAGUGGCAGAGGUGGGGAUC